GGGGGGAGGGGGGCGGGUCCGAGCCGAGGGCCGGAGCGCGCGGCGCGAGAGCCGACGGCGCCGCUUUAAAAAGCGGGAGCCCCGCCGCCGGCCGGCUUCUUCUCUCGACUCCGCGCGCGACCCCAAGGCAACGGCAGCAGCAGCGGCAGCAGCAAUAGCCCUGGGCCUGGCUUCGCCUCGCCUCGCCUCCUCCAGCUACCUCCGCUCGGGGCUGGCAAGCCAAUGAGGGCCCGGACUCCGGCCCUCGCCGCCUCAGGAGCCGCCGGGAGCCCCCCGUGCCGACCCCCAGCUCGCCUGGCUCGACGUGAGGCGGCUGCGCUGGACCCCCAUGCGGCGCCUCCAGGAGAAAUUCAGGAGAUUCAUGAACCACCCAGCUCCAGCAAAUAGCCGUUACAAACCUACCUGCUAUGAGCAUGCUGCUAACUGUUACACUCAUGCGUUUCUCAUUGUUCCAGCCAUUGUGGGUAGUGCCCUGCUCCAUAGGCUCUCUGAUGAUCGAUGGGAAAAGAUAACAGCAUGGAUGUAUGGGAUUGGUCUCUGUGCACUGUUCAUCGUUUCCACAGUGUUUCAUAUAAUUUCCUGGAAAAAGAGUCAUUUAAGGACAAUGGAGCACUGCUUUCAUAUGUGUGACAGAGUGAUGAUCUAUAUCUUCAUUGCAGCAUCAUAUGCACCAUGGUUAAAUCUUCGUGAGCUUGGACCUCUGGCCUCCCAUAUGCGAUGGUUUAUCUGGUUGAUGGCUGCUGGUGGAGCCAUUUAUGUGUUUCUCUACCAUGAGAAGUAUAAAAUUGUGGAGCUCUUCUUCUAUCUAGCAAUGGGCUUUUCUCCUGCUUUAGUCGUGACCUCCAUGAACAACACCGAUGGACUUCAAGAACUUGCUUGGGGAGGCUUAAUUUAUUGUAUGGGAGUGAUCUUCUUCAAGAGCGAUGGGAUCAUUCCAUUUGCCCACGCCAUCUGGCAUCUGUUUGUCGCCACGGCUGCUGCAGUUCAUUACUACGCUAUCUGGAAGUACCUUUACAAAAGUCCUGCAGAAAUCAUCCGUCACUUAUGAUAUUAAAUACACAAGACACGCACACCUUCGAGCUGCACUAUGCCUCCGACUCAGUAUUACUUGGGUAAAAAAAGAAAUUCUGGGGAAGUGGGGAAAAUAUUGCACAGGGCGGGGGUGGGAAUGCACUGACUGAUAGUUUUUCAAACACAUUUACUGUGAACUAAAGUGACAAAAAUGUGUCCUUGAAUUGCUGUUCAUAUAUCAAGUCCUGGGCACACAGUCCCCACAUGCAUUUUUCUUGUGGAAGCCCCUAGUGGAAUGAAUGGGGAAAGCGCAAAAUCACUGUACAAGGCCCAUUCUUUUCAGCUGGGGUUUCCACAGAAGCAUUUCCCUUUCGUAUUGCAUCUGCUGUCCGUCAGCAGAAGCUACACUCCAGCACACAAAGUUUAGUGCACUUAAUCCAAUUGGGUGUAAGCAUGCCUAACUUUGGUUUGUGGUUUAAAACACCAUGCUGCAUUAUUAAUAGUCCAUUCUACAUUAACAGGGAAAACAGUGUAAAAAUGUUUGGUGGCCUGAUGUUUACAGAUUCUUUCUUUUUUUUUUAAGGUGUAUUUAAUGGGUUUAAUUUCUUCGGUUUUUAAACUGCAUAAACUUUUUGAAAUGACAGUUUUGAAUUGAGGAAGUUGAUGUAACAGCAAAUACUUAAUUCUUUUCUUUUUUAAAGUUGCUUUCUACCACUUUUUCACAAACAAUUUAAUAAAACGCAAAUCAUGGAGAGAUAAGUUUAAGCUUCCUCCUCCCCCCACCACUUGUACUGAUACAACUUUUUAUAUAAAAAUGUUUUUUAAAAAUAAUUUUAAAAGUAUAUGCAGCUGCUGUUGUGCAGUUGCAGCUGCAGUGAAACUUUGCAAGAAAACAACUACAUUCCACAUACUGUCCUGACCUUAUAUACCUCUUCCAAAGCUUUUUAUUAAAAGUGUGUGAAUGAUCAUUAUGAAAUUUCAAAAUUGGCUCUGCCAAGCUCUUACCUAAAAACCUGCUACCCUCCACAUUUAAUUUAAUUAUCAGAUUUGGAUUUAUUAAAAAAAAAUAGUGCUAACUAAUUCAAAAAACCCAUCCCACUGUGCCAUUUCUAGACAUAGAUGCAUGUGUUUAUGUGAAAGCACUCUGGAAAUAAUUUGCUCUUGUAAUACAGGUGGUUAGCAAUUAGCAGUAAAAAAAAUGAAAUUACUCGUAAAGCGUUGGUAAUUUUGGGAGGUGCCUAAGAGACUGUUGCUUAAAUAAUGAGGCUUACAGAGCAGUCCAUUUGUAUACUAACCUGGGAGUAAAUCUCAUUGUGUUCAGUGGGGCUUUCUCCCUAGCAAGUGUUCGGGAUUGCAAGUUGAGGCAAAUGACUCCCAGAGGAAGACUGUGGGAAGCAAAUACCUUGCUCUUUCUCUCAUUUUCUAAAACUUAUCCUAUUAACAGUUGUUUAUAAAAUUUUGAGUAUUAAUAGUAGUUCAUCACACACCCAAAUGGCCUUUUCAGGGAGGGAAGCUUGAAGAACUAGAUAGGUCUCAUCGGUCAGGGACUUGGUAGCGAAACUGGGCUUUAAAUGUGCUGCUCUUUAGCAUCUGGAUCAAUGAACUGUGGUAGCAAUUUGAUUGUAGAGAUUGUGUAUUAAGUAACAAGAUGUUAGAAUCUCCGUUGUGAUGAUUGCUGUCCAGUUACUGUAGCAUGUCCCACUGUAUUAUGAAUGUCUUAUAUUAAGAUUGAAUUUAUUCUUUUUCUAACUUGCUCUUUUUCAUAUCAGUGUUUUAAAAACUAAAACGGAACAUGAUGCCUUUUUCAGAUUUUAUCUGGAUAUUUUGUCUGUUGGACCAGUAGAUAUGUACUCUGGGGAUGGGAGCUUCCUCCCCAAGGUAAUAUGUAAUUCUCUUCUAGAUCUGCUGGUGCGUUGUUACAUAUAUUAGAAUUGGGUGCACUUGUAUACAAUUUGCAAGAAGGGGCAAAUGCUCAGAUUAAAGUGGGGCGUUGGAAGCUUGGCUUCCACACCGUAUUAGUGGGUGACUACAAAAUUGUCCCACAUCAGGGACACUUCCAAAAUUCUUCAGGGCUCCAGAAUUUGCAUCUGGCUCUGGCAAAGUGGUUGUUGUGUGCCUCUCUUGUCAGUAUUGUAAGGUUCCAAGUCAUUGCAAGAGAAUGGAGAAGUUGACACAAAGAUCUCAUGUGAAUAUUGGAAUCCCUGAAUUGGAGUAGAACACGCUUAUCUUCUGAGCAGCAUGCAAAUGAAACAGCAAAACAGAAAAUAUUUUCUGUGACCGCCCUGGAACAUCUGAAUGCCUCAGUUGUCUUUGUUGUCAUCUUAUUUUCUUGUUUCAACUGAUGUGUCUGACUUUAAUAUAUUCACUUUUUGUGAGUUCUUGUAUUCUGUCCAAGUGCAGUACUGUUGAGACCACUGAAAUGUGUACAAGCUCUGGUUUUUUGUCAGAAACUAUGAAACUAGCUCCAAUUAAUUCCGCUAUCUUCAUAAUGAUUUCUUGUGGUCUUUUUAAUGUGUUUGUUUUUACGAGUGAAAAGUGUUUUGGUUAAAAAGAAGAAGAAAAAGAACUGAAUUCGCCAAAAAAGACUUUGAAUCCAGUCUAGCUCCUACAAGUUUAAAUGUAACUAGAUGAAUGCAAAUAAACAUUUUGUGCAAUUUGGAAA